AUGGCAUCGCUAGAGGAAACAGCAAAGGUGUUUCAGGGUAAAUUUGAGAGUAUGAUACGGGAUAUUACAAUAUUGUCCCUUCCAAUGCAGAAGAAGGCGUUCCAGUGCUGUGUUUCAUGUUUCGACAGCCACAAAGGGGAGCCCGAGAAUAUAGCUGAAUGCAUUGGUCAGUGCCAUGAACCUUCCCAGGCAUUCAAUCGCGUAUUACAACGGGAGGUGGAGGGACUUCAGACCACAAUAGAGAGCUGCCAAAAGAUCUGUUUCAACCGGAUAGCGCCAAAACUCGAAUCAGCUUCAUCUCAGCGUGAGAAGACGGCCCUGGAAGAGGAGAAAGACGCCUGUUUUGUGCAAUGCUUCAACAACGGCAUUCCGGUCAUUGCAGAAAUAAGCGGACGCCUGCGACGCCGAGUAGCCAAUUAA